AUGAUCGUGGACUCUCCAGAAGACGAAGACGAGAGGUCAAAGAAGGAAGUCGAUAUAUCCGAACCGCCUACGUUCUUCCUAUUCACGGAUCUACCAAAAGAGCUCAGAGACAAGAUCUUGCUCUCGUCACAGACCCCGAUCACCAUGGAGGGUUUCGCAGUGAUGGACGAAGAAUGGAGAGGGGGCCCGCAAGUACACUUCCGCUCGUACAGGUCCUGGACUCGAAUACCUCUCUACGCCGUGAGCCGCGAGACGAGAGCGCUGGCCAUCGCCUUCUUCGGCAAACCGGAUCCGCUCUCUGUGCCGUUCAACCCGUCUCAAGACGUCAUCUUCUUGGAUUGGGAUGAUUCCAAACAGGCUGAGCGUCGCUGGACGGGCAACCACAGAAGCCCAGGGCCCGUACUGAUGACUCCCCGAUGGAACGCAGCCGAGGAGUGGGCUAUGCCGAGGGAACUGUGUGAUAGAAUCUGCCACAUCAAGGUUGACGCGCGCCACGCCUCUUCCGAGAAUGCAGACAAGGCAGACAAGGUGCCUUGGCGGCUUGUUUUUGGGCUGCUCAAAGAGCACUUCUCUAACAUUACGAUGUUGGAGGUGAAGCUGUCGGACUUGGACGAUAAGAGGUUCGAGGGAACGUACGAUCCGGUUGGUCAGGAGCUUUAUAGGAUUGAUCAGCUGGAUCUUUUGGACGAGCUGGAAGAAAUGUCUGGGGAUGGGCGGGUGCCGUUCCAGAGCUUAAGGCGCUUUAUCAUCACACCGGAACUCCCGACUCCUCUCCAGGCUGAGAGACAGAUUCUCAAGUUUCGAAAGGUGGGGGGCAGCCAUUUCAAAGUCUUUAGACAGGGCCAAAUUCCCAAGGUUGGAUAG